AUGUUCUUGGGCGUCUCCCAACAGACUCUCUUUCUUUCUUUCGGGACCCACCAGCCGGAGCCUGUGGAAGAUGAUGAAGAGGAGAGGAGAAUGAGCGGAAUUUCGUUGACAAGGCCGUUCCCAAGGAUCGUGAAGGCUUCACACGUGCUGGGGUGGAUCCUUGUUGCCGCGGGGUCAGCGGAGAUUGUGGUCGGAGCCCUCAUCUUCAACGACUGGAAAUACGCGGGCGGCUUCUGGGUGGGGUUCAUGGCUUUGGCGGCGGGGGUGGCUGGGACGUGUGUUUCCAUCACGGAGCACUCUGGCGGGUUUCCCACUGCGGCGUUCUUCUUCCAAUCGGCCAUGUGCCUAGUGGCUGCUACGCUGUCGCUGGUGCUGGUGGAUGGUCUAGUUUAUAGCAAGGUGCAAUCGACCGAGGGGAACUGCGUGGACACGUCGUCAUGCCUAGAUGAUAUCUGUGGUGGAUAUGAUUGCGUCUGCUGGGAGCCGGAUGGGUCGACUGAUUGCUUCGACGGGACAUCAACGCGAACCUGCUUGCAGUACCAAGGCAGCAGUUGCGACGAGAUUGAGGACUCCGAGUCGCUGCUGGCAGCGUCGACCUUCCUCCAUAUCAUCAUCAUGGCUCUCGUGGCUAUUGCGAUGCUUGUGACUUCCGCCACCUGCUGCGGCUGCAAGUACACGGUUCUCCUUCGAAGAGAGGAUGGCGUUACCCGGGUACACCGGUUGUGA